AAAGCCGUGUUUAGCUGUUGGAUCAUUUUGACAGUAAAACAAAACGAUGCCUCGAUAUAUUAAACGAGGAGCAAUUAUUUUCUCUCUGUCCUUCGUCUCUUUUGCGGUGAUACACAUCUUUUAUACAUACACUGGAGUACACGAGACUCCGAGACGGACAGACCAACUGGGGAAUGGUGUUGAUACUAUAGACAGAGAUCUGGACAACGGGGUGACAAGAGAGUCUGGCCAAGGGAGAGAAUCCGUUAAAAUCAGACUUUCAGACUUUCGGGAAUCAUCUAAAAAUUUCUUUCUCGAUAAACCUGUCACCAACAUUAAAUUGUCGAAUAAUGACGUAUCUUCAUCACGAAAGGAGCCUGGAAGAAGAGCGAGGUAUCUGGUUUAUCGAUGUGGCGGGAAGUUCACUUUCUGUGGAGGGUGGGCUGAUCGAUUUAAGGGCAUUGCUAUAGGAUAUCUCAUUUCAAAAGUAACCAAUAGAACGUUCGGAAUCAGCAUCACGCAUCCCCCAUGUGACCUACAGCGAUACCUGCUACCCAAUCAGAUUGCGUGGAAUAUUGACUUAUCUAACACGGUCGUAAAGUCUAAGAAAAACAGCGUUGGAUAUCAUGAUGUCAUCUCUGACGUGAACUUCUACCACUCGAUUGAGAAGAUGGACUUUGACAAAUACCUUAAAGAAGACCUUGUGUUUUUUAAAGGUAAUCUGGAUUAUGUCGAUAAGUUUAAAAACAAUUACCGUUACUUAAAUCAAAACGCGUGGCUUGCAAAUUUAACACGUGAUCAGAUUUACGCCAAAGUAUACAAUCAGCUUUUUUCCUUGGCACCAGAUAUUCAAAGAGAUCUCUCUUCGUUUCUGAAAAUCGCCAGACCAACUCCAUCUCACAAACUAGUCUGUUCCCAGAUCAGAGUUGGGCGCAACCCUACCAACCCGAGAGAUCGAGCUAACAUUGGUUCCAAGGAGGAUGUUUCAAAAGUGUGGCGAUUUCUCGGCCAGUACAACGAUCCUGAUAAAUACAGAAUAUACGUCACAUCCGAUUCGGAGCAGGUACGCACCGAAGCGCAUGCGCGUUUUGGUAAAAUGCUCGUCGACACCGAAGGACCACUGGUGCAUAUCGACAAGUUUACGAACAGCACGAGUGUGUGCGAUGGGAUGAGGAAACUUAUUCUCGAUCAACAUGUCCUCAUGAACUGUGACGUGUUUCUGCUCACCUUCAGUGGGUUGGGUCGUAUGGCAGCUUAUCUGAGACAGAAGGAGUCCGGUCUGUUUUGUCUUGUGAAACACGAGAUCGUCAGCUGUUCUGCUCACACUCUCAAGGAAUUGUACAAUGUGUUUGGUUAGAUAGGCCUACGUUUAUGCUUGAUAGGUACACGGUUCGCCGUCCGGUACCGGCUCCCACCAGAGCGAGUUUUAACGACUCGAUGGGUAGGUGUAAGGCCACUACACCAUCUUUUCUCACACUAACCAAUAACAACUAACCCACUGCCCUGAACAGACAGCCCAGAUAGCUGAGGUAAGUGCCCAGGGUAGCGUGCUUGAACCUUAAUUGGAUAUAAGCACGGAAAUAAGUUGAAAUGAAAUGAUUGGAUUAGGUCCCCAUGCGAAUACCAUGGCAGAAAUGUGCAAACAGCUACGUCUAGAUUGGUGUGAAAACAAUUUUGAGGUCCUAGCUAUGACACUUAAUAAACAACUAGUUAAUAUUUGGACACUGAAUUUGGACGAAAAGCUGGUAAAAAUAUAUAUAAAAAAAAACCCUGUUAAAUUCGUAGCGUGGCAGAUACGGAACUAUAUGUGGUAGAAUAGCGGCGGUAAAAACAUUAGCUAUGUCAAAACUAACUCAUAUUUGUACCAGUCUACCAAAUCCACCUAAUGAAUAUAUAUUGAAAAUAGAAUGAUUUUCUCAUUUAUUUUGAAAGAUGGUCCAUAUAGAAUUAAACACUUAGUUAUUAAAAAUAUAUAUACUGAGGGUGGGUUAAAAAUAAUUGAAACCUUAACAUUUAUUAAAGGUUUAAAAGUUUCAUGGUUAAGACGCUACUUUUAAUCAGACUGCAAACGGAAAUGGUUUAUUUAGAGAAUAACUAACGAGC